GCGCCCCACUCCGCCAGUAGGAGGCGAAGCGCCGUGCGAGACCCCCACGAUCUGCGCUGCGUCUUUCUCUCCCCCACCACACCACGCCACCCCCGUCGUCUCUUCUUGAGCUCCGCGCGUGUCUUGUUCCCUGGGCGCUCUCACUUGAUCCAUCAUCAGCAGCAGCGUUGGACGAGGGCUCUGUGAGGGUGACGCCGACAGACCGAUAAGGCGGUGGCCGCGGUUGGUGGUGGUGGUGUGAAGACACGGGACGCUGUCUCCCAAGAAGCAUGGAGGAGGCUGACGGCUUCGUCUGGCUCUACCCAGCCAUCGUCGCUGCCGCUCGCCACCGUGAGUUUGAUUCGAGGCGUCCCGCCGGUGGUUGGUCGUUCCGAUCGCGAUGAGCGUCUCCGCCGCCGCGGACGACGGCUACUGGGACAUGGAGGGGUCCGACGUGAGCUCCGUGUCCUCCGGGAUCGGUGACCCGAGCUCCAGCCUCCUCGUGUCCCCCUCCUGGGACGAGUCGAUAAACCCGCGACUGAGCGGCUGUCUCAACCGGCUGUCCGUGCGCACCUUCAUCAAGGAGGAGAAGAGGAGGUCGGGGUUCUACGACGACGCUUGUGGCGACGAGGAAGAAGGGUGCGGAGUUGGCGAUGUGCCACCCGACCUGACGGAGGAGGAGCAGGAGGAGUUGGCCAGCAUUCGCCGACGCAAGCAGGAGCUCGUGGUCGACAUUCAGAGGCUCAAAGACGAAAUAUCGGACGUGAUGACCGAGAUCGAGAGCCUGGACAAUGCCGAGGAGAGCAAAAUCGUGCAAAGGAAUAAACAAAUGUCCAUGGGGAGGAAGAAAUUUAACAUGGAUCCUAAAAAGGGAAUUAAGUUCCUGACAGAAAACGAGCUUCUGAAGAACACGCCCGAGGAUAUCGCGCAGUUCCUCUACAAGGGGGAAGGCCUCAACAAGACGGCCAUUGGGGAAUACCUUGGAGAAAGGGAUGACUUCAACAUCCAGGUACUGCACGCCUUCGUGGAGCUCCACGAGUUUGCCAACCUCAACCUGGUGCAGGCGCUAAGGCAAUUCCUGUGGAGCUUCCGGUUGCCCGGAGAGGCGCAGAAGAUCGACCGCAUGAUGGAGGCGUUUGCCACGCGCUACUGCCAGUGCAACGCGGGCGUGUUCCAGUCGACCGACACCUGCUACGUGCUCUCGUUCGCAAUCAUCAUGCUCAACACGAGCCUGCACAACCCCAACGUGCGCGACAAGCCCACCACCGAGCGCUUCAUCCUCAUGAAUCGCGGCAUCAACGACGGCGGGGACCUGCCGGAGGAGCUGCUCAGGAACCUGUACGACAGCAUAAAGAACGAGCCGUUCAAAAUUCCCGAGGACGACGGCAAUGACCUCACGCACACGUUCUUCAACCCUGACCGGGAGGGCUGGCUACUGAAAUUAGGAGGAAAGGUGAAGACCUGGAAGAGGCGGUGGUUCAUCUUGACGGACAACUGCCUCUACUACUUUGAGUACACAACGGACAAGGAACCGCGAGGAAUCAUUCCCCUGGAGAAUCUGAGCAUACGGGAGGUGGACGACCCCAAGAAGCCCAACUGCUUCGAGCUGUUCCUCCCCAACAACAAGGGCGGGGUGAUCAAGGCGUGCAAGACGGACACGGACGGCCGCGUGGUGGAGGGGAAGCACAUGGUCUACCGCAUCUCGGCACCCUCGCCUGAGGAGAAGGACGAGUGGAUCAAGUGCAUCAAGGCAAGCAUCAGCAAGGACCCCUUCUAUGACAUGCUGGCCACACGGAAAAAGAGGAUUUCCAUAAAGAAGAGACAGACAUAAUGGGGGACCUGUAUGUUGCGAGUACUCAACGAAUGUACAUGCAAGUAAGAGGACGACUGCCUGCCUGCCUGCCUACCAGCUGUGCAAACCUUGUGAAACGCUUCACCACAAGAGGAUCGCUGCAGGCACCAAGGAAAGUGACGCGCACGCAACUUGCGUGAAACUUCUGCGAGACCGCCGGAUAUCUGGGACGAGACUUCAGAGAUUGAAAGACACUUGCACCUCGGAGAAAGACGGUGGUUGGGGGGGGGGGGGGAUUUGCGCGUCGGCGUUUUCGCGCAGUGUGCUCGCAGGUACAGCGUCCGCGCUGGUGGAUUUUGUACAAACGCGCGUGUAAAUCUUGUACGUGUGCAGCACAUGCACGCACCACUCGCAAAGGGCCUGGCAUUGGGGGGGGGGGCGGGGGUUUGAGUGUGUGGUGGCCGGUAACGCAACGCAACCGCGAAUUGCAAUCGUUGGGGUUAGAAUCGUGAUUUUAAGUUGCAAGCAACAAUCUGGUCUGCUUGCCACUGGCCCUGGGGCUCCUGAUCAAAUGUGAACAUGGCCAUUACCGACGCUGAGAGUCGGAUGCAUUGGGUUCUAAUACAUUCGUCAUUUUUGUUUGUUCCCCCCCAUAAUGGAGCUGCAAAGGCCAGUGUCAGGCAUUCCGCUGUCAUUCACACAGGCCUCCACUAGUUAAGAUUUGGCUUCCUGAGCUGUGUGAGGACACUCGCUGGCUUUAGCCAGCGUUUCAUAAGAGGUCGGAGGAAUAUAGAUGUGCAUUAAUUUAUUUAAAAGAGCCUCGUUAUUAGAAUAUAUAUGAUAUAAAAUCAUGCUUUCAGUUUUUUUUUUAUAAACUCCUGUACACCAGUGUUUCUUGUUGCGGCAAAUUUUUAAAAGGAAAUUAUUUCCGAAAAUGAUAUUUAAAGAAAAAAAAAUACAUAUAUAUAAAGUAACGUAUGACCUUAAAAGCGAAAGUAUAUUUCAAUUAAGGAAAAGAUGCAAGUCAUAAUUACUGCAAUUAUUUCUGGCCAGGACCAAAACAUUGCUAUACAAAAAAAUUGGUAUACAAGGCCAACUUGUUUACAGGUCGAUAGGGGUUUGUUUUUCGUGAGCAUCGUAAUGUGAUGCGAUGGACAUUGUAGUGCUGUGUGCAUUAACCUUUUCCCGUUCUGUUGACGUACGUGUAUGUCAUCAGUUUUCCCGAUUCCGUUCCAAUGACGUACGUGUACAUCAAGACAAAACCGGAAGAAAAAAUAAAAUAAUUGUGCUACCGAGGCUCCCACAAGGCCACCGUAGAGACCGGCCGUGUUGCUACGGUUCUCUGCGGUGAGUACAAUAUCUUUAAAAUCAACACCGGUGCUAUGCCUCUCUAAAUAAAAUUUAUGUCGAACCGCUUGCGCGGUCCGAGAUUCAGAGGUAAACAGGACACCCACCCUGCAACUUGCAGACGUCUCGGAACGGGAAAGGGUUAAGAAGAGUGAGGCACCAGUCCAGUUAAGUGUGAGCAGGGGGGUUGCUUGUAGUUGAGAGCGUGUGAAGACCUUGUCUGCAGAGGCAGCGAAUGCUUUGUGGUCGACAAUCUUUGUCGCUCUUUCUGUGUCUGGGCCCUGGCAGCAAGAGAGCACGACUUUCCAACCGGAAUGUCGAGAGUUCAAAUCCUAAUUGGUGGAGGAUUGACUCGACCCAUCGUCGAAAUGGGUCCGAUUUAAAAUCUGAAUCAAUUUGUGGGCAUCAAUUUGUGGCAAUUCAACAGUGGUUGCCAUAUGAAGAAACUAAUCUCUGCCAUAGCAAUGUGGAGUUUCUGCGAGAGGCAGAGGGACCACCCAGGUUUGAGCUCUGAGACACUGAGCUGUCUCCAAGGUGGAGGAGUGUGGGCAUUGUAGGUGAAUACUUGACUUCUCCCCAGGGGGCAGCAACGAUGUCAAAACAACAAACCGGUGGCGUGAGCAGCAGCAGCAGCCCUCUUACACAAUCCACGUGGGGGGAGGGGGCGAUCGCAUAUCAAUCACAUCUCAUCCACGCGGUUCCCAUCAGCACGUGGGCAUCCAACCUCGGUUUUUUUUUUCUUUCCACACCGAUUCUGGUAAUUGCCGGAUGAAAGUCUCCCGAUGCCGCCAUGUCAAUCGUCGGGGUUGUUUGACCACACUCUGAGCAGCGCGAGUUGGUGAGGGGGGAGGAGGGGUGUAGCCGAGGAAUGGAUUCGGACGUCGCUUGCCACGAAUCUUAGCCGCGCAGCCGGGUAUAAAAUAACUAAAAAUCAUGUUGCCCGGUUCACGGCACAGUGCGCUCACCGCUGCGCCACCACUCCACCCCAUCGGACCUUUGCACCUCGCGCACGGGGACUGUCGUCCGUUCCACGGUGGUCGCCAAUUUUGGUUGUGAUGCAAUCGUCGUCACUCGUUUAUCCCGGUCCCACUGCCACACGUCGCGUCCACAUCGCUCGAGAGCCACGCUGCACUGUUUACUGUUGACGGCGAUCAUGAUGUACAUCUUACCUAUAAAGCAGGUUGCUUGUUACGUAUAGCGAGAUGAAAUACCUUUUGCAUGUUGUGUCCCGUUAUGUCUGCUGACACACAAGGGAAAUUGUUUACUCGCGCUAUCAUCAAGGGGCUGUCGUGUAUGUUGGCAGCGCAGCGUGUACGGUAUGUGAACAUGAAGGAAAAGUAUUAUAUUUAUUCGCGCAAUUGUAUUCAUGUUUAUCCAAACCUCUUGAGCCGAGUUCGCACUGUUGAUGUUUGCCCACUGAUUCUCGCGAUCAAACUUUGUAUGAAAUAUUGAGCUGGAGCUUAAGACUGCAAUUAAUAAAAUGCUUAGCUUUGUGUAUAUAUUAUUGUUCUUUCAUAGCAAAUGCUGUCUUCCUGCACAAAUCUAAAUCCUAAAUGAAUACAGCUUAACGAUAGAUAAUAUAAUUAACCUUUUACGUGUGUUCACUCUUUCCCCUUUCAACGUGUCACAGUAGGAGCAAAGAGUACACGUUGAAACGACUGGUAAUGUUACAAACCGUAAGAUCAAUGGACAGCCGUGUCCAAACGAGCGUUCAUGUAGAAUCACAAUCCUCCACUGGAUGUAUGUUGACCUCUUUCACCGUACGCAAGCCAAACGUGCUCAUCAGAGGUGCGGGGGAAAGACAACAAACUAAACACAAAAAGCAGUUCAAAAAAAUUGGUUUCCGAUCUAGAUUUCAAAGUGCAUAGCUCCAGUGGCUUCCUAAUAUCGGAAGGAAGAGCGUUCCAGACGGCCUCAAAAGCGCAUCUGAAAGCGCACGAUGCAGUGACCGUCUUUCAACGUAUUCUACGUGUGCAUAUUUCAUGGUUGAUUCAGGGUUCAAUGUUUUGUCCACGUUGAGCAUCGGCUCAUGGUAAAUACGUGUUUGCCUUAACAGUGUGCCACGCACUGUGGAUGUGAUAUCCACUCGUGGCUUCUGGGUUCAUUGAUUCCACUUAAGUUUGGCCGUCAACAGAAGGCAUUUAGAAAAUCGUAUUUGAAACUAUAUUCACAUUUAAUCAGUAGAACACGGGAGUCUUGGAUUGGGAUUGGCAGGGUACAAGAUGAUGUGUAUAUUGUCGGUGUGAUAUUGAGGCCAGGUGAUACAUAUAGUUGUUUUAGAAAUCGUGAGUCGAGAAAUUUGAUUUAUAUGCCGUAACUGUGUCACAAAGUGAAUUGACAUUAGUACGAUUACCAUUAAGCUGCAAGCAAGGAUGCUCUUACAAAGUAGUUUAACCAGUUAUCAAUCUUAAAGCAUGUCCUGCAUCACAUUUUCCAGAAGCCACGGUAGAGUGCUUGGAAAUUAAGAAAUACAUAUUUUCUGCCGAUGGCUCUAAAACGCAUCGAUGUUGUUUGCGACGCUUUCAGUUCUUUCCAAAGUGGUUUUGGAUGUUGAGUAUCACAGUGCACAUGUUUGUGGCUGCAUAAGGUAGCCACUAGGCAGAGCGGUAAAUACAUGUGCCCACGAUGCAAACCAAUAGAAUAUAUUGCUGGUAUUUUGGGUUCUGAGAAUUGAAGCCAUUUGCACCAACGCCAUGAACCGAAGUACAAUUAAAUUCAGCCCCAAGUAGUACAGAUAAAAAUUUGCUGCAAUUCUGCUCAAGGUCACAAGACGACAACUCUUGGUGCAAAAGCAAAGAAAAGCCUUUUCAGAAAUGCGUAGAAUCUUCCUCUCUUUAAGGCUUAGUGUUGCUUGUGGGUUUGACAGGCAGGAGAAGCUGCAUGUCCAUGUCAGCUUCAUUGGCCUUGGCUUCGUAACUCAGGGGGUGUCCUGGAAAAACUUGAUAACCCACAUUUUCUACUUCAUAUAGCUCAUGCUAGCUUCAUUAGAAGACUUUACAAUCCCCCCCACACACUUUUUGAAAUAUUGAUUUAUUAUCUCUUCCCACAGAUGUUCACACAAUGAAGUUAAUCAAUUAUUUUCAUCCGCUUUAUCCCAUCCACUUAACCCCUUUUGUAGACAAUGUGAUUUUUUUGUGGGUUGUGUUUUUCCAGGAAGCAUCUCAACUGAUUGUUUUCAUGCCACCGAACGGUUGAAUUGCAACCCUCUGGUAAUAAAUUGUCACUGUCAUUACUUGUUAUAUCAGUAUGAUUUGUCUUUCAGUAAGCACCCGCAUCGUGCAACGUCGUUCACAACAACUUAACCUCGAUAUCAUUGGACCAUCUCCAGAUCUUUAUUGCAGUGUCUCUGCGUGCACAACGUGUCCCUUCACUUACAGCUUCACGACAAUUUCAGUUUUGUUUACACACUGCGGUUAGGACCCUUUUGGAACGCGUGCUGGAAUAAAAGUUUAACAAUUAAACGUUGAUGUUUUUUUUAUUUGGGCUUUUUGAUGUCAGAUUUUGUCAUGUCGAAAACUUUUUG